AUGGGCAAACACAACAACAAUGACAAUCAUAGUAAAAAAGAAGAACCCUUUCCGUAUGAAUUUGGAGGACCCAUUGGUGCCCUCGCCACGACCCUUGCCUUGCCCGUGGUCGUCAUGUGGCUCUUGCAAAUGGGUCGGGUCGGUGCCAUCAAUUUUGACUUUGUUCAAGAGUUGUGUGAUGAUGACAAGUGUGCAGCGUUGACGUUAGUAAAAUGCACAUUGGGAUUAUUGUCGUGGUUCUUGUUCAAGGUACUACUGUGGUAUGUGUUGCCAGGUCCCAUUGUGCAGGGCGCUCCAGUCCAUGGCGACAAGAAGAAUACCCUGCCGUAUAAAUUGAAUGGACACUUGAGUUUUUGGGCCGUCGUUGGCUUGGUUUUUGGAUUCCAGAUCCCGCUGAAUGAAUUCUUGUACAAAUAUUUUGAACCUCUGGCCAUGUGCGACAUUGCACUCUGCUUGGCCAUGAGUCUGUACAUGUACACCAAUUCCUUUCAUCCCAAGGGCAAGAUUUUGGCCAAGGGUGGAGAUUCGGGCAAUUUGAUAUACGAUCAUUUCAUGGGCCGUGAAUUGAAUCCUCGUUGGGGAGAUUUCGAUUGGAAGGUCUUUUGCGAAUUGCGACCCGGUCUCGUGGGAUGGAUGUUGCUCAAUAUUGCCUGUGCCCAAGAACAACUGGCAGUGCAUGGGAGCAUUUCGGGAAGCAUGUAUCUGGUCAAUAUCUUUCAAGGGAUUUAUGUAUGGGAUGCUCAAUAUCAAGAGCGUGCCAUUUUGACCACCAUGGACGUGACUACGGAUGGAUUUGGGUACAUGCUAGUCUUUGGCGACUUGGCUUGGGUUCCCUUUACCUACAGUCUCCAAGCCAAGUACUUGGUUAACUACGAUCCCAAUUUGUCAUCCAUUUCAUUGGGAAUAAUCUUGGCCCUUCACAUUCUUGGUUUUUAUAUUUUCCGUGGCGCCAAUGGACAAAAGGACAAGUUCCGUCGGAAUCCAAACGAUCCUGCUGUUUCGCACUUGCUGUAUUUGCAAACCAAGCGAGGAACCAAAUUGCUUACCAGUGGAUGGUGGGGAAUGGCUCGAAAGAUCAACUACACGGGAGACUGGCUCAUGGGGUUGACAUGGUGCUUGGUGUGUGGCUUUGAUAGUAUUGUGCCCUACUUUUAUGCCAUUUACUUUUGCAUCCUAUUGGUGCAUCGAAGCAUGAGGGACGAUGAAAUGUGUGCUCACAAGUACGGGGAUGAUUGGCUAGAAUACAAACGACAAGUGCCAUAUCGAUUCAUUCCAGGUGUCAUCUAA